CAGUAGUCUCAAAUGCCCCCAUCAGGAAAAAAAAAAACAGAGAUCCCUUCUUCCGAGGCAAAUUUCCUAUCUGAAAAAUUAAUUGAAUUUUGUAUUUUGUAAUUUUUUUUUACAAUGCAUUGGGUUCAGGCAAAUUCAGAAGAUUAUGGUGGAUCACUUCCUCAGGCUCGAAGUGGCCACACUGCUGUAAAUGUGGGGAAAUCGAUGAUUGUGGUGUUUGGAGGUUUUGCUGAGAAGAAAUUCAUUAAUGAUAUCAGUGUUUAUGAUACUGAGAACAAAUUAUGGUUCCGGCCAGAGUGUACAGGCAAUGAGUCCAAUGGACAAGUUGGUCCAUCUCCACGCGCAUUUCAUGUUGCUGUUGCUAUUGAUUGCAACAUGUUUAUUUUUGGUGGACGUUCUGGUAAUAAACGGUUGGGUGAUUUCUGGAUGCUUGAUACAGAUAUCUGGCAGUGGUCAGAAUUAGCUACUUAUGGUGAUUUACCCUCAGCGAGGGACUUUUCUGCUGCAGCAGCCAUUGGGAAUCGAAAAAUUGUUUUAUAUGGUGGCUGGGAUGGUAAAAAAUGGCUCUCAGAUGUGUAUGUUUUGGACACAAUGUCUCUUGAAUGGACAGAGUUAUCUGUUUUGGGUACAUUGCCACCACCUAGAUGCGGGCAUACAGCAACUAUGGUUGAGAAACGUCUGCUUGUUUUUGGUGGAAGAGGGGCUGGUGGUUCGAUCAUGGGUGAUCUAUGGGCUUUCAAGGGUUUGUUCAAAGAAGAGAAUGAGACACCAGGGUGGACACAAUUGAAACUUCCUGGGCAAUCUCCAUCUGCUCGCUGUGGUCACACGAUAACUUUCAAAGGAAAUCAUCUUUUGUUAUUUGGUGGACAUGGCAUGGGUGGUUGGUUGACUCGAUAUGACAUCUAUCACAAUGACUGUACCAUUUUGGAUAGAGUAUCUGUUCAGUGGAAACGCUUAGCUACCAGGAAUGAACCACCCUUGGCUCGAGCGUAUCAUUCUAUGACUUGUGUUGGUUCAAAAUACUUGUUGUUUGGAGGUUAUGAUGGAAAAUCAACGUAUGGAGAUCUUUGGUGGCUGGUACCUGAAGAUGACCCUAUUGCAAAACGAUUUGUCCCAAUUUCUCGUGACCAUAUUCCUGAAAGUAAUCAAGCCUUAGACUCAAGAGAUUCUGUAACUAAGGAAAACCAGGGGGAUGCAUCGCCAAUUGCAGAACUACAAAAAAGACUUGAAAUUCCUAUCUCCCCAUCUUUAAUUAGCAACCUUAGUGUUCUCGAUGUUUCAAGUGACAGAGAAUAUCUGGACCUUUCAUCAAGGAUAGCAAUUAAAGAACAAGUUGCAUCUGGUGAUCCAGUUGCUUUAAUUCAGGCUCUUCGGCAACAUUGGAAGACAUCCACAGCCAGGUCAAUACAGCUGCGGGAACUAGGCCCUUUGCUUCAAGAUUAUCAUCGUCUAAUUAUCCAAUCCCAAAAAAAUGUAGAGUCUAGUGGAGGCCUCAGUGAUUUCGUUCUUUCCAAGCCGCAAGUUCGCCGUUUUUAUCAUGUUAGAAAUGCUUCUCAGUUACGUAUGGAUGACAUUCCGAAGCUGCUUGGUGAAUACAAACAAUUGGUCGAAAGUGGAGGCGUUGAUUAACAUGCUACUUAAAGCUUGUGAACAUGGUCUUCAAUCUCGUGUAUCUAUCUGCCUCCUCUGUACUACCAAUGCAGGCCUUGUUCGAGCAUUUCGUCUUUACUCAUGUAACAAUUGACUGUUUUCAACUACAAAUUAGCACUUGGUUUGGGACGUGGACUUUGUAUAUAUCGGGAGAUUACUUGGUUGGGCUUCUGCAUUUGGAGAAAGGAGAAGUUUAGAUGAGGUCCUAUUCAGAUGUACUUGCCUUUCAAAAAUUGAUGUUAGGGAUAGUUCUAGAAUUUGAAACACAUCCAAA